UCAAUUUCAAGAAUUGAGAAUCUGAGAGGCCGAAAGUCGCUCCUCUAAAAACCUAAAAGCUCUACUCUUUCUUCUUCCUCCUCCUCCUCGUGUUAGUUUAUGCUUGAGUUUCAUAGAUAUGGCUUCAGAUGCUGGUUCGAGGGCGAGUUCAGCUGCCGAUUCGUACAUUGGAAGCUUGAUUAGUUUGACUUCCAAGAGUGAAAUUAGAUACGAAGGCGUACUCUACAACAUCAACACCGAUGAGUCGAGUAUUGGACUAAGAAAUGUGAGAUCAUUUGGAACAGAAGGAAGAAAGGAUGGCCCCCAAGUUCCUCCAAGUGAUAAAGUUUUUGAGUACAUCUUAUUCCGCGGAAGUGAUAUCAAGGAUUUGCAGGUUAAAUCUUCUCCACCUGUUCAGCCGUCAGCGCCUAUAAAUAAUGAUCCAGCAAUUAUUCAAUCUCACUAUCCCCCAUCAGUUUCCACAACUACCAGCAUGCAUUCUGCUGUCAGUGGGUCAUUACCCGAUCAUACUUCUCACACAGCAUUUGGAUUUCCUCAGUCUAAUUUUCAAGGUGGUUUGCCCCCAUAUCAACCUGGAGGCAACUUGGGGUCAUGGGGAGCUUCUCCUCCGCCUCCUCCAAGUGCAAAUGGCAGUGGACUUGGGAUGCCCAUGUAUUGGCAAGGGUAUUAUGGCCCACCUAAUGGGCUUCCUCAGUUACAUCAACAAUCAAUAAUACGACCUCCUCCAGGUCUGUCAAUACCUUCAUCUCUGCAACAGUCAAUGCAGUUUCCUAACAUUAAUGCACCUUUACCCACUGGAACUUCAAAUCAACCAGAAGUUCCAUCUCCCUUGCUCGCUGCUAAUAGUAGUGCUCCUAACCUGACCUCCACUGUUGUGCCCCCUCCAACUUUUUCAACAACUUUGCCUAUGUUCCCUUUUACUUCUUUUUCUGAAACCUUGCCAAGUUCAGUUGCUAAUAAGACAGCUGUUCCUACCCUUUCUGGAGCCCCAGUUAGUGUAAGUUUGCCCCUUGGUCCAAUACUAUCUUCAUUUUCCGGUGGAGAUGUUAGUUCUGCCAUACCACCAAUCACUAAUGAACCUAAUGCAGUUUCUGGUCCCUCAUUACUGUAUCAAAAUGCGUCUCAGUCAACUUCAUCUGUAAUUGGAAUAGCCAACUCUCGUGCUGAAUCUUCUGUACCUUCUCUCGUUACCCCUGGGCAGCUGUUGCAGUCUGGUCCUGUUGCUGUGGUUUCAUCUCAAUCCUCACGUACAGUGCAUGAGGACGUGGAAGUGGUCCAGCCAUUAUCGUUAGAACCUUCGAUGCCAGUGACAACAGAGGCUCAGCCACCAAUAUUACCACUACCUUUACUAUCAAGGCCCGUUCAAAAGGCAAAUGGUGGUCAUUUUCAGGCUCGCCACUUUUACAGAGGACGUGAAAGAGGAAGAGGAUCUGGGAGUUCCCGUCCUGUUACCAAAUUUACGGAAGAUUUUGAUUUCAUAGCUAUGAAUGAGAAAUUCAACAAGGAUGAAGUGUGGGGAAAUCUAGGUAAAGGCAAUAAAUCUCACCACAAGGAUAAGGAUGUGGAUGGAAAUGUCAGUGAUGAUGAUGAUGCGGAAGAAGAAGAUGAGGGUGAAGUCUCACAGUCUGGGGUUAAGCCUUUGUACAACAAGGAUGACUUCUUUGAUUCACUCUCUUAUAAUGCUAUUGAUAAUGAUCCUCAAAAUGGGCGGACUAGAUAUUCGGAGCAAGUAAAGAUAGACACAGAGACUUUUGGUGAUUUUUCGAGGUAUCGAGGGGGACGAGGUGGCCGAGGUCCUGGACGUGGGGGGUAUUUCCGUGGAGGAUACCAUGGAAGAGGAUAUGGCUAUUAUGGGAGGGGGAGGGGGCGGGGACAAGGGCGAUCAUCAUUUAAUCGUUCAUAAUCCAACCAGUAUGUAUCUUUUGGGCUAUAUAAUGGUUAAUUGUGCCCCAUUUAGUUUGAGUUUAUAAAGGGUUUUGUUCUUUUAUAGAGUGCAUGUUUCUCUCUGUCUGUCCCGAAAUAAUAAUCGGAUUGUUCUUUUGGUUUUCAUUGUUUUUAUCGGUUUGCCUUGUUCAACAGUUGGUCUAACAAAGAAUUUGAUUUCUAUUGGAAGCUUUAUUUGUAAACCAAGUUGGAUGAUGUUGUUUAGUGAGCAAAAUUUAAGAAAUUUAUGGCACUCUUGAUGUUUA